AUGACUACACCGAUCAGGGGAGCAACUGAUAGUGAGCCUGAUUCUACCAGAGCUGCAUUUGAUGAGAAUUUUGGUAAACAAUUUUUACAGUUGAUUCAAGGAGCGGUCAGAGCUGUUGGUGCUGGAUCCGAGGUGCAUAUUUCUCAAACUUUGAUCGCCAAUGGGGGGGCUUUGGUUGGUGGCAUCGACGGUGGUAGCCGACUGGUGGAUAUGGCGGUGGAUCUGAGGCUCGAUCUGGAUUGUUGGAUGGGUCCAUAUCUGACGGCUGAGAUGAGUGGCGGUGCCAAAGGGUUUCAUGAAACCCUAAUGAUACAUACUGCUUAUAACGAUAUUUCUAAAAUCCCUGAUGAUGUUAACCAGCAGAGCCCAUCAAACAACGCUGCAAUAAAUGAAGAAGGUAUACAAGCUCCUCAUUCAUUUGUUCCUAAACGAGGGAGAGAUAGACCUGUAAAGGACAAAGAUAUUUUUACUGGAUCAAAAAAUAGUCUAUGGGAAAAUGAUGGCAUCAAUAGAAGACAUCUUUGGCACCAAAUGAAAGACUUGGACAGUAAGAUAGGAAAUCUCCCCUGGAUCCUCGGUGGCGAUUUUAACAUUACUCUUCGUCUGAAUGAAAGCUUUGACUAUGAGCUUCUUUGUCCGACCUCGACUCCUGAAAUGAAAGAAUUUCAGGAUUUAACUCAGGAUCUCGAUCUCCAUGACCAUCCUUUUAUUGGCCCCCUUUUUACAUGGAGUAACAAACAAUCAGAAUCUUACCUAGCAAGGAAACUUGAUAGGGUUCUUAUUAAUCCUAUUUGGGCUCUCUCAUUCCACAACUUUCAUGUCGAAUUCCUUUCCCCUGGAGUCUCAGAUCAUUUUGAGCAGUCUUUGCAAUCUCCUUUCCACGAGAACCCAAUGAUGAUACUGUUUCUUAAGCUCAAGCAUCUCAAGACUAGUCUCAAGAAUCUUAACAAGUCUUGCUAUAGUGAAAUCUCUUCUCGGCAUUCUCAUCUGCUCCCAGCUUUUAACGCAACCAUUAUUGCUUUAAUUCCCAAAAUCCCCAACCCUUGCAAAGUCAAAGACUUCAGACCAAUUUCAUGUUGUUCAGUCAUCUAUAAGGUGAUUACAAAGAUUUUAGUUAAAAGAAUGACAAGUCUCAUGCCAGAAAUGGUCUCUCUCAACCAAUCAACUUUUAUUAAGGGCAGGAGCAUCGUUGAUAACACACUCAUUGCUCAAGAAGUUGUUAAGGGGUACAGAAGGAAAAACAUAUCUCCAAGAUGCACAAUGAAAAUCAACCUUCAAAAAGCAUUUGACACCCUUCAUUGGAACUUCAUUAUUUCAGUUUUGAAAGUACUUGACCUUCCUCAAAGAUUUAUAGGCUGGAUUCAAGCUUGUUUCACCGAAGCUCGAUUCUCAAUUUCUUUCAAUGGGAGUUUAGUAGGUUUCUUCAAGGGAGAAAGAGGCAUAAGGCAAGGGCUAAAUCUAAACGCUGCAAAAUGUGUUUUCUUUACUGCCGGUGUUGAGAACCGAACUGUUGAGAAGAUAAAGCAGUUUUCUGGUUUCAGUAUUGGAUGCUUUCCAGUUCGCUACCUUGGUAUUCCUCUAAUUACUAGAAAACUGUCCAUAAAAGAUUGUGACCAGCUAAUUGAUUAUAUUAAAUCCAAAUUGAAUCUGUGGUCUGGGAAAAUGCUGAGCUUUGUUGGUCGUCUGGAGCUAAUUCGAGCAGUCCUAUUUAGCGUUUCCAAUUUUUGGUGCAGACAACUCUUGCUCCCUCAAGCUGUUAUCAAUAAAAUCGACCAACUCUUCUCCCGAUUUUUCUGGAAAGGAAGCGACAAGGCUGCUACAGGCGUGCGAGUUAGUUGGGAGAAGAUUUGUCAACUUAAAUCCGAGGGAGGUCUAUGA